CAAAAAAAUUAAACAGACACUGAAAUAAAGACGUUUGUUUGUGUUGUUAACGAACCCUUCUCUACUGCCCACAUUCACAAUGCUUUAUUUUAUUCUCUUUGUUGGGACGUUCGCCCUGUCCUCCGGGCAAUUCACGACUAGCCCAUCGUUUAGAACAUCAACCACAAGUUCCAUAACCUUAAUUGCUAUCCCAUCAACAACAACACCUACAACCACACCUGGUGUCUUCGAGGGUUCAACAACACCCACAGCUGACGGUUCAACAACACCCACAGCUGGUGUCUUUGAGGGUACAACAACACCUACAACCACAGCUGGUGUCUUCGAGGGUUCAACAACACCCACAGCUGACGGUUCAACAACACCCACAGCUGACGGUUCAACAACACCCACCGCUGGUGUCUCAGAGGGUUCAACAACACCCACAGCUGGUGUCUUCGAGGGUUCAACAACACCUACAAUCACAACUGGUGUCUUCGAGGAUUCAACACCCACAGCCGUCCAACCAACAACAACAAUGAUUCCUACAGCAAGCCUGACCACGUUUGCACAUGGAGCGGUGAAUUUAUCCAGCUAUGAAUAUCUGGAUAGCGAUGCACUCGUUUCAAACAUUGAGGAGUUCUUGAAGCAAAUAAGCAAUAAUGCCCUUGGACCUCUGAAGAUAACAGUGAAACGUUUCACACAAUGUAGCGGCGCCCAGUGUAGGGACCAGCAACCCUCUACUACCCCUCAACCCUCUACUACCCCUCAAACCUCCACUGGCCCUCAACCCUAUACUACCCCUCAACCCUACACUGGCCCUCAACCCUCCCCUGACACUCAACCCUCCCCUGACACUCAACCCUCUACUACCCCUCAAACCUCCACUCUCCCUCAAUCCUUCCCUGACACUCAACCCUCUACCAACCCUCAAAUCUCCACUCUCCCUCAAUCCUUCCCUGACACUCAACCCUCUACCAACCCUCAAACCUCCACUACCCCUCAAUUCUUCCCUGACACUCAACCCUCUACUACCCCUCAACUCAUCCCUGACACAACCUCGGCUGGCCCUCAACCCACAUUUGAAAUAGAUACCAUUCCGGUUUCAUAAUCACCACUGAUUCAUCAGACAUCUGUAUAGCCUACUUGUUGAUUGUUAACUUGUCAAUAAUUUGAAAUGGAGUUGGAUAAAUUGAAAUGUAGGUACAUAAAUAUAUGUCAUACAAGUUCAUACUCUAACUUUGAAGGAAUAGCUAUGAUUUUUAAAAGUGAGUGAUAUUGGUAACACUUCCCAUUGAGGUAUCCUUUAAGUGAGUUGUAAAAGGUAUAUGAAUACUUCAACAUCAACCGUAUUGACUGGGAUUAGGUUUUGUAUUUUACUGUAUGACAGGGACUGGUAGAUAUUGUAAUCAACAAGUUUAAAUCAAUAUGUGGAAGUAUCUCCAUUGACCCUGAACUUGGAUGUAGUAAAUAAAAGACUCUGCUUUGUGAAGAUUUAAACCGCUUUUUCUAUAAAGUAUGGCAGACUAUUUAGAAAUGUUUUUAUUUUUUAGUAAAAAAUUGUUUUGCUUUUUUAUUAUGUUAAUUUCAUUACUUUUUAAGAUGUAUUCUUUGUGUUGUUUGCUUUUGUUAGGUUGGGCCACUCUCAAUCAAACCUGUUUUCAACCCCAUUGUUAUUUAUUGAACCUUUAUUUAACUAGGCAAGUCAGUUAAGAACAAAUUCUUAUUUACAAUGACAGCCUACCCCGGCCAAAUCCGGACGACACUCUGCCAAUUGUGCGCCACCCUAUGGGACUCCCAAUCACAGCUGGAUGUGAUACAGGCCUGGAAUCAAAUCAGGGUCUGCAGUGACACCUCUUGCAUUGAGCUGCAGUGUCUUAGACCGCUGCGCCACUCAGGAGCCCAAUUGUUUUAUGUUAGGUUGUGCCCCUCUUAAUCAAUCCUUUUUAUUUCCAUCUCAUUGUGGUAUGUUAGGUUGUGAUCCUCUCAAUCAAACCUGUUUUUCAACCCCAUUGUGGUAUGUUAGGUUGGGUCCCUCUCAAUCAAACCUGUUUCAAGGCGUUUCUAGGUUCAGACAAAACAACUUCCUUCUUGUGCUCAUUUGGAAUCAUUGAUUAAAAAUAACAUGCCAAAUC